AUUCUAAAAAGAGGUUGCUGAACUUAGGUGAUAAAUCCAUCUAGCUUGCUUCAUCACGAAUCCUGCAGACUUUGGACAUACAGUAUCUGUUGCCAUUCCAAUACUACAACCUAAACCCACACAGCACACAACAGAACACAGCACAGCACAACACGACACAACGCAGUACCAUGUCGGACGUCUUCAGCCCCUACCAGAUCGACUACAGCGUCAAAAACACCUCGAAGACCUUUGGGUUUUCCAAAAAGAGGAUCACCUUCAAGUUCGGCGUCGCCAACCCCCCCGCUGUAGCCAACGGAGAGAACGGGGCCAACUGCCGCGGGAGCGAGCACGAGGUCAUCUUCACGUGGUCCCUGAACAGCGGGAAGCGCCAGAUCCUGCUGGACGGAAAGGACGUGCACUAUUCCGAAACGGGGCAGAACGGGUGGACGGCCGACCAGAUCUUCCAGCACCACUUCCAAGUCCGCGUGGCUGGCCUUUCCGGCCCGCUCCGGGCCCACCUGAUCACCCAGCCGGCCAACAAGGACGUCCCCCACAUCAAACCCUUCGACCUCCGCCUCAACGGGGUCUCCUACUUUGCGAUGCCCAAGAUCUUCGAGCUGGGGGGCCCGCGGAUGAUCGUCCGCCCCGUCAAGGGCAAGGGGAAGACCCAGGGCGGCUACUCGGGCGGCCAGAGAAACGAGGAAGCCUACGUCUCCCCGGCGGAGCGGGAGGCGAUCGCCGCGGCGAAGCUGGCCAGCAUGCAGGACCUCCAACGGUCCGCCCCCGCACCGGCGCCCGUCGCGGACCUGCUCAGCUUCGACGCGGCUCCGGCGCAGGCCCCCGUGGGUGCCUACGGCCACCAGCCCCCGCAGCAGCCGCAAUACAGCAACUACUCGCUCGGGUCGUCCGUGGCGAGCCAGCCGCAGCAGCCGCCACCCGCUGCCUACGGCGCGCAGCCGGGAGGAUCCUUCUCGUACGGGCAGCAACCGCCACCGCAACAGCAGCAAGCCUACUACGGGCAGCAGCAGCCGCCCCCGCCCGGACAGGGAUCCUUUUACGGGCAGCAGCCCCCGCCGGCCCUCGCUCCGGGAGGGGGUGCCCCCUCCUUUGAUCCGAACCAGCCCUCCACCAUGGCCAGCCCCAGCAGCCAGAGCAUGGCGAGCUACCAGAGCUACGGAUCGGCCCCGUCUUUUGCACAGCCCCCGUCGCAACAACGACCGCCGCCACCCCAGCAGCAGUACCCGCCCCAGGGAUACAACUACGGACAGCAGCCCCAGAGAUACUAAAGGAUCCACUACUGGUUCGUGGAUUUCAUUAUUUAUAGUGCAAGCACCGGCACGCGACGACCUCAACUGUUUAUGGUAUCAUGGUGUGAGGGCGCGUAUGGUGUUAUGAUGUGGCCAUCGAUAGAUUCGAUUUUCUGGAGUAUGACCAGUGUUGCGAUUGAAAAAAAACAACGAAAAGGAAGGGAGCUUUGGACGAGAGGCGCAUCGGUGAAAGAACACACUGAGCAUAGUUUUUGGCAACGGGCUGUGUGUUGGUAGGUCGUGUUGGAUUUGUUGUUGCGACCCGCAAACACGAGUUUGGCACAAUUACCGGAAAGAUGCCGCUGUGAUGGAUGGAUGUGUAGUGGUUAUUUUCGUUUGGUGUUUUGUUGAUUCAAUGGCAGUAGUCAAAUUCCAUCAGACGGGGCAAGAAUGGGAUUUUCCAUUUUUUGCUCUCGGUGAUUGGCCCAAAAUUAAUAACGACAACGGCGACAAUAAUAGUGAUAAAUACAG